CCCCCACUCGCAGAGAGAGAGAGAGAGAUGUCGCUUUAAUUAGCGCUCAUCACCCCCACCCUCGCCUCACAACGUAACGAGUGUCCAUCGUCUUCCUCUCCCCUCCCAACUCGCCACUGCGGAGCUUCGGUUCGAGCAGUACUGGCUAAAAAUUUUGGGACUCAUGUUGGUUAUCGUGGACUCUGCUGAACAUCUUGUGUGUGAGAUAUUGGUUCAAAGCAUUAUUCAAAAGCUGAGCUCUUAAGGCAGCAAAAGAAAAUGCAACGGGCAGUGCAAGCCAUCAGGUCACAUGGCAGUGUGCUUAAAUCCGCUGUUCUACAACACAUCAGUGCUCCCAAACCAGCAAUGCUUCCUGCUGCCUUUUCUCGCUUCAUGUCAGUUUCAUCUGCUCGCCUAGAGGAUGGUGGAUUUGAAACUGCCACUGUAGCAGAUGUCUUGAAGUCUAAAGGGAAGAGUGCUGAUGGAUCUUGGCUCUGGUGCACCACAGAGGACAGUGUCUAUGAUGCUGUCAAAUCGAUGACACAACACAACGUGGGAGCUUUGGUGGUCGUUAAACCUGGACAGAAUAAAGCAAUUGCUGGCAUUGUCACUGAGAGAGAUUAUCUCCGGAAAAUCAUAGUGCAGGGAAGAUCUUCCAAGUCAACUAAAGUUGGAGACAUCAUGACUGAAGAGAACAAGCUGAUCACGGUGAAGCCUGAUACCAAAGUCCUGCAAGCAAUGCAGCUGAUGACAGAGAACCGUAUCAGACACAUCCCUGUGAUCGACGGCUCGGGAAUGCUGGGGAUGGUCUCCAUCGGAGACGUCGUCCGUGCAGUGGUCACCGAGCACAGGGAGGAGCUGAACCGGCUCAACGCCUACAUCCAGGGGGGCUACUAGGACGCCUGCAGCUGUGCUACUGCUCCCAGUGAUGUCUGCCUUUGAAAUCAAAUCAAAUUACUCGGAACGAUGAUGAUGACGAAUAGGCCGUGUUUUCAUGGACAAUGAUGUUAAUUUGCGCAAGGUUUCCUUUUCCGCGUGCUGUAUGUGUAUAUCGUCACGGUGCGCGCCUGACAUGCGCCUGGUGCUGGGCGCAGAGACCAUCUGAUGGUGGAAACACCUGAAAUAAAAGCGUGGCGCCGUGUGCUGUCUUUGAAGGAUGUUCA